GAUGGAGGGAUGGUGGAAUUAACUCUCUUCUCCAUCGCCCGCAGACGGAGCUGACGUUGGUGGGCUGUGUGGGCAUGCUGGACCCACCUCGCCAGGAGGUCGCCAGCUCUGUCCACCGCUGCCAACGUGCCGGGAUACGUGUCAUCAUGAUCACGGGCGACAACAAGGGCACGGCAGUGGCCAUCUGUCGGCGAGUGGGCAUCCUGGGGCAGGAGGAGCCGUCGGCCGGGCUGGCCUUCACCGGGCGCGAGUUCGACGAGCUGAGCCCCACCGCGCCGACAGCCGUGGGCACGGCGCGCUGCUGCCGCGUAGAGCCCUCACACAAAUCGAGGAUCAUCGAGCUGCUGCAGUCGCUGGACGAGGUCACUGCCAUGACCGGUGACGGGGUGAACGACGCCCCGGCCCUGAAGAAGGCUGAGAUCGGUAUUGCCAUGGGCUCUGGGACCGCUGUGGCCAAGAGUGCGGCCGACAUGGUGCUGGCCGACGACAACUUUGCCACCAUCGUGGCCGCUGUGGAGGAAGGGCGGGCCAUCUACAACAACAUGAAGCAGUUCAUCCGCUACCUCAUCUCCUCCAACGUGGGUGAGGUCGUCUGCAUUUUCCUGACGGCCGCCAUAGGGAUUCCCGAGGCUCUGAUCCCAGUGCAGCUGUUGUGGGUGAACCUGGUGACGGACGGACUGCCUGCCACGGCCCUGGGCUUCAACCCCCCCGACCUGGACAUCAUGAGCCGGCCCCCCCGGACCACUCGCGAGCCCCUCAUCAGCAGCUGGCUCUUCUUCCGAUACACAGUGAUCGGUGUGUACGUGGGAGCAGCGACGGUCGGGGCCGCAGUCUGGUGGUUCAUGGCAGCCGAGGAUGGACCCAGGGUCAACUUCUACCAGCUGAGUCACUACCUGCAGUGCGGUGAGAAGAACCCUGACUUCCUGGGUGUGGAUUGCCGUGUCUUCGAAUCGCCCUACCCGAUGACCAUGGCUCUUUCCGUUCUUGUCACCAUCGAGAUGCUUAACGCCCUGAACAGCCUUUCGGAGAACCAGUCGCUGCUGAAGAUGCCUCCCUGGGUGAACGUUUGGCUGCUGGGUGCCAUCUGUCUCUCCAUGGCUCUACAUUUCCUCAUUCUCUACGUUGACCCCCUCCCGCUCAUCUUCCAGAUCCGCCCGCUGCAGCCUCUCCAGUGGGUGGUGGUGCUGAAGCUCAGCCUCCCGGUCAUCUUGCUGGACGAGACGUUGAAACUGGCCGCGCGCCACGGCCAGGAGGCGCCAGCGGGCAGCGGUGGGGGCUGCAAGAUCUGCCCGCUGUCCUGGCUGGAGGGCAUCUCCUGGGGCUUCCUGUUGGUGGCGGGACCCCUCGUCCUCUGGCUGUACAGCAUCGACACCAACAUUGCCAACACCCUGUGGUCCUGAGGCCGGGGAAGGGGGAUGGGGGAGUGAGAGAGAGAGAGGGAGGGAGACUCUCCAGCAUCUCCCAAGGGAGUGGGGGGGCAGCCCAUCACCUCCAGCCGUCCCUGAUGAAGGGUAAGGGGGCAGUCCGCAGAUCGACACACACACACUAACAAUUCAGUGUCAUUAACUGUGGGCCCGUCGUCCCGUUCGCAGGCUACCCUCCUCUAUCUCAGUACAUUCUCUCGUCCCUCUCCCUCACACAGAACGACGGUGGGCAUUAGAGAGGAGCCGAGGCAGGGAAUACACUGAUCCAUCCACCCCCGGGUUACAGAGAGGGGGGCUGGAUUUAGUCUUGUUCCCCUGCUCUCUCUCUCUCUCUCUCUCUCUCUCCCCCUCCUUCCCUCCCUCUGCUUAACACUACCCCCCCCCCGUUUCCCCUCCCUCUGCCUCCAGUUCCCUCCUCCCUCCCUCUAUAUUUAUUCUGUAGGUUACACAUUCCGAGAUCCCUCAGUUGGGACCGAUCUUCAUUCCCGGUCUUUGGCCUGGAGCCUGAUUCCCCUUCAGCAGUGCGGAGUGGAGGGAGGGAGGGGCUGGCGAGCUUGGAUCCAGCCCCUGCACGAGGGGGAAGGGGUGAACGGGCAGACUGCUGCCCCCUCCACUCCCUCAGACCAGCAGAGAAACCAGUUGAACGCAGGCCCAACACCUUCCCCCUGACCGACACUCUCCACCCACGCAUCAGGGUCCAGGCCCACUGGCAGGAGGGGUAUCACAUCAGGGUCCAGGCCCACUGACGAGAGGGGUUAUUUUUUUUUAGACAACCUGGCUGUAAAACUGACAGCAACUUAAUAAAAAUAAUUCCAGUGAAA